AUGUUUGAUAUUGAUUAUAUAGGGAUCAAUCAACUUGCUUACACCUUCACUAAGCUUGUCAAUUCAAAUUCAGAUGUUUUCACCGUCCAGUUGAUUGAAAUGGCGCAGGAGUGCCUAGAGCUCAUGGAUCGCUAUCAAGCGUUGCAUCCCUCAUACGUUCAAAUGCUAUCGUUUCUUAUGUCUCAUAAUAUUGAUACUUCAAAGUACAACGAUGUGUGGGUCAACCGCUUGAGCUCUUGGUUAGGAAGCUACAAGUCUCAAUUGGCAAAAUACGAGAAUCAAACAGGUUUGAGAGCCGAGAAUGCGAUUGAAUAUUUUGAGAGCAUAAGAACUAUCGUGAUAUCGUUGACAGUGGAGACUAAGUAUCAAGAGGCGCUCAACUAUUUGAACAGGUAUGCGUCUGUAGUUGAUUUUACAACACAGCCGAAAACAAAGGAACAGUUUCAAGCCAACAGAUAUGUCGAAUACUUGUUUAUGAAGUUCAUCAUUAACAUUUUCAGCUCAAUUUGGUUUCCCUUGGAUGAUAACGAUUACACCGUUGCUGCUGGGAUGUAUGUAAAAGAAGGGGACAAACUUCUCUACUCCAGCUCCUCCUUUAAGCCUUUGACCAAGAUAUACAAUAUUGUGAUUACGUACCAUAAAAAGAACGAUGCCUUGUUUGAAGAAAAUGACGACGAGCUGAGGUAUUACUGGUUAGUCAGGUUCCUACAUCUCAGUUUAUUAUUCAAACAGUUUGAAUUUGUCGAAUUCCAAAAGGAGUUUUUUGACUUGUUUGUUUCGCAAAAAGAGCCCACACGGUACUUGUUUGCUGAUACAAUACUCAUCAAGCGAAACCUUCUUGUCAUGUACGCCAUAGUGUUGAUUUUCACCAAAUCUUUCAACACACUUACGUCUAUUAAUAUUGAGAAUGAGCAAUUGAUUGAUUCGUAUUAUAGAGAUCCUGCCUCGAUUGAGUACAAGUUUUUCAAUCGAGUGUUGAAACCUUUAGGGAAACUCGACAUGCCCAAGGUCAGAAAUGCACUCACAAACAGCUCCUUUUUAGGUGAGCUUAUUGCCACAUUAGAGUACACGUUGCCCGUCUCCACCGCUAGAUUUUCAAACAAUUCAAAUUUCUUCAUUGAACAUAUGAAGACCAUCAUUGACUACAAAGUAUUUCUAAUUUUAAUUUCAAACGCAAGGUCUAUAUCAAGACUUCAAUUGUUGAAAUUUAUGGGCUAUGACUUGAGUGCUGCCAGUGACCUGCAUUUGAACGAAGUUUCCAAUCAGCUAAUAGCUGCAUUAUCAGGUUUAGGCUUGGGUAGGGUUGGAAUUAAUUACUUAGCUGACAAGCAAAUAUUUGUCAAUAAUGGGGGUCUAAGUAGUGCCGAAGAGGUGACCAGAUUGCAAGAGGAGAUUGAUAAUGUACAAAAUGAAUUAAAAGGCGAGUCUUUGACUGUAUUGAUUACUAACUUGGUAAAAGAUCUUAUACAAUCACUAGGUCCGGAUGACAAGUUCAUCUCACUUGAGUUUUUCCCACCAAAGACUGACUCAGGUUUCAGGAAUUUACUUUCAAGAUUAAACCGUUUACUGGCAUUUAAUCCGCUAUUCAUCACUGUAACUUGGGGCGCCGGUGGAUCAACGAGUGAAAAGUCAUUGGACUUAGCAGCCACGUGUCAAAAGAAAAUAGGAGCCACUACUGUUUUGCAUUUAACAUGCACAAAUACCAAUAGAGAGGUCAUUGAUGCUGCAUUGAAGCGAGCAAAAGAAAACGGUAUAAGAAACAUAUUGGCUCUAAGAGGAGAUCCCCCAAGGACUGAGGAGUAUUGGACGCCCAACUGUGAAUUCAAAAAUGCAGUAGAUUUGGUAAGGUAUAUUCGUCAGGAAUAUGGUGAUUAUUUUUGCAUUGGUGUCGCUGCGUAUCCUGAAGGUCACGUUGACGGUGCUGAUGCGUCCAACCAAAAUCCACGUAAGGAUAUUCCUUACUUGGUCGAAAAGAUUAAAGCCGGUGCGGAUUUUAUCAUUACGCAAUUGUUUUUCGACGUGAACAAGUUUAUUGCCUUUGAAAAAUUGAUCAAGCAAACGCCUGAAUUAAAGGACGUACCUUUGAUCCCUGGUCUUAUGCCCAUUACCACCCAUCGUGUUUUUACAAGAGCUACCAAACUUUCUCACGCCACUAUACCGACGGAUAUUUAUAAACAAUUUGAUGAGAUCAAAAACAAUGAUGAUGCUGUUAAGGCUGUCGGUGUUGAUCUUUUGUGUGAUAUUAUAAACAAAAUAGACGAAAAAACCACUAUAAAGGGAUACCAUUUCUACACUUUGAACUUGGAAAAGGCUGUUGCUUCUAUUUUGAAUAAAUCGGCUGUGUUACGCCCCAUUUUGGAAAAACCAUCGCCAGUGUUUGGCAAUGAAGAUGCAAUUGCCUCUGAUUCUGAAGAUGAUGACAUACCAGUGCAGCCACAACGAGCUAAUCGUAGAAAAUCGUCUGUUAUCGAACCAUUGACACAAAAAGCCGUUGUUGAAAUGAGUAGGGGAUUGGGGGUAUUGGGUAAGGAAGCUAUAUGGGAUGACUUUCCCAAUGGUAGAUUUGGUGAUUCUAAUUCCCCAGCAUAUGGUGAGAUUGAUGGGUACGGCCCAAAUUUGAAAAUUUAUGACAAAAGUGAAGCCAUUGCUAAAUGGGGAUCACCCGAACUGAUAAGCGACUUGAGUGGUAUUUUCACCUCGUAUCUUUCGGGAAAAAUCGACGUUAUUCCCUGGGCCGAUGUUACCCUAUCUCCCGAAACUGCUCUAAUUCAAGAAGAAUUGUUUGAAUUGAAUGAAAAAGGGUGGUUUUCUGUGGCCUCACAACCGGCAGUAAAUGGAUGCAAAUCAACUGAUAACAUUUUUGGAUGGGGACCAGCUAACGGAAUUGUGUACCAGAAAUCUUUUGUUGAAUUGUUCAUGCCAGCUACAGACUGGGAAAAACUUAAGUCCAAACUCGAUGAUUCAACUACGUAUUAUGUUGGGACCAAGUCAGGGGAAGUUAAACUGAAUUUGCCAAUCGAACAGGGUUAUGCAAAAUCGAAAAGUGCUGUAACGUGGGGUGUUUUCCCACAAAAGGAAAUCUUACAGCCUACAGUAAUUGAUUAUGAGUCCUUCAAAGCGUGGAAUGAGGAAGCAUUUUUAUUAUGGCUUGAAUGGGCUAGAUGCUACAAGAAAAAUCUGAAAAGUUUUGCAUUAUUGAAUUCGAUAUAUAAUGACUAUGUGUUGGUCAGUUUAGUCCAUCACGACUAUCUAAAAGAGCACGCAAUGUGGCAGCAAUUGUUGCAAUAG